UAUACAAAGCAUAAAAAAAAAAGAAAACACCCCACAACAAAUAAACGCGAAAUUUAGUUGCCAAGUGAUAAGGUCGCGGGUCCAUGUUGACAGGAAAGUUUAAUCCAGCCUCGUUGUGAUGUUACUCGUGGCAGACUGCUGCAAAACCAUUUCCUACACAGAACAGAACGAACUGGUCCUCCUCACAAUAUCAAAGAUUCCUUGCAGCAAUGAAGGCCCUUAUACUUGUUGGAGGUUAUGGCACCAGGCUCCGGCCUCUUACUUUGAGCCAUCCGAAACCUUUAGUUGAGUUUGGAAACAAACCAAUGCUGCUGCAUCAAAUUGAAGCUCUUGUUGAGGCUGGUGUGAGACAUAUAAUUUUGGCUGUUAGUUACAGAGCUGAUCAAAUGGAAGAUGAGUUAAGACAUUUAGAAAAAGUGAUGGAUAUUCGAAUCACUAUAUCACAAGAGAAGGAACCGUUAGGAACAGCUGGGCCUCUAGCUUUGGCACGUGAACACUUAUUAGAAGAUGACCAGCCUUUCUUUGUCCUCAAUAGUGACAUCAUAUGUGACUUCCCAUUCAAAACAAUGAUACAGUUUCACAAAGACCACGGUCGAGAAGGGACAAUUGCUGUUACCAAAGUGGAAGAGCCAUCCAAAUAUGGCGUUGUGAUUUACGAUGGAGAAACUGGAAGGAUACAUGACUUUGUAGAAAAACCCCAAGAAUUUGUAUCCAAUAAGAUCAACGCCGGAAUGUAUGUUUUUAGCACGUCAGUAUUAAAGAGAAUUCAGCUAAAACCAACCUCUGUAGAAAAAGAAGUUUUCCCCUUUAUGGCCAAGGAUGGGAAUCUUUUUGCUAUGGAACUUGAAGGAUUCUGGAUGGACGUAGGUCAACCGAAAGAUUUUCUGACUGGAAUGUGCCUUUACCUUAGCUCUCUGAAACAGAAAGCUCCCGAAAAACUUUUUAAUGGAGAAGGAAUUGUUGGUAAUGUACUAAUUGAUUCCACUGCCCAAAUUGGCAAGAAGUGUAGAAUAGGUCCAAAUGUCACAAUAGCACCGGGUGUUAUCAUUGAAGAUGGUGUUUGCAUAAAACGGUGCACAAUUCUAAAAGAUGCUCACAUAAAAUCUCAUUCCUGGCUGGAGUCAUGCAUCAUUGGUUGGAAAUGCAUCGUAGGACAGUGGGUUCGCAUGGAAAAUGUGUCGGUGCUUGGAGAAGAUGUAAUCGUCAAAGAUGAACUUUAUAUCAAUGGUGGUCGAAUUCUUCCACAUAAAGCUAUAUCUGUGUCAGUUCCAGAACCUCAAAUUAUUAUGUAAAUCCAAGAACUGCUGGAGAGAAAGAAUUCCAUGCUGGACAACAACAGAAUUUCCAUUGAAAAUUGUCAGCCUUUAUUUUUUAAUAGCAAUAAUUUUGUUUGUAUUUUCAUUUUUAGGAUUAUUUUAAUUUCACUAUCAUUUCCACAUCGGCUUUUUUUUUUUUUUUUUUUGUAAGAAAUGUGUUCCCUUUUCUUAAACCUCUCAAUAUAUUUCUUUCAUAUUAACUGCUGCUCUCGGGUCUAGAAGUAUGUUGGGGAAAAAAAAAAUCAUUUGUUAUACAUUAUAAUUCAAUUUUCACGGUGGAGCUUGAAGUAGAUAAAGCUAUAAAGCUACAAACAAUAUCUUGUAAAUACAGGAAUAAAAAACAAAAAACCCUUCAGACAGAAAAAGUUGAAGUUUUUUUAAGCCUA